CGGCAGCCUCCGCCUCUCUUCUCUGCUCUGCCAUCCACACCGCUGUUGUUGCAGCCAUUUUACCGUAGAGCGUCGGCACAGCGACGACCGGAGGAUGCCGAGAGAGCACCGCUGAAAGGAUUAGAAACAUGGCUGACAGGCUGCGAGGUCCCAUGGUCGGCCGGCCAUUGGUAUUCGCCAAUGAGGAGCGGAGGGCGGUUCACUCCUGGUCGAGGAUCUCUUCAGCGGGGCACAACGUCCUUCUGGAUGCUGUAAAGAUCCUCAGCCCAAUGUCCCGCGACCUCUCCAGCACUGAGGAGCUGGUCACCUUCCUGCAGGAGCUGAGCGAGGAGGGCCACCAGCCCACUGUGCUGCGUAGCAAGGACGUGUAUCGCUACCGCUCCUCCACAAACCAACCCCUCACUCAAGACAUGCUGAAGCCACCCAACAGGACCACCAGACCCACCGCCAAGAGGAGGGGAAGGAGACCCAUGAAGAAGAGAGAAGUUCACCCGUCCUGGAACACCUCUGAAAAGAGCAGCCCCAAGAUUCAAGGGGUUCGCCCUCCAGAGCUGCUGAUGGAUCAUCACGCAAUCGUCUGCAGCAGGACACCCAGCAGGAAUGUAGAGAUGCCACAAGAGCUGCAGUUGCAGCCGUGCCUCAGACUUACCAACAUUGAAGGCCUGUCUGGCUGCCACACGGCAAAACUCAAGAUCCAAACUACCUUGGACUUGUCACAUGAGGCACCCUUGGCUGUCAUUUCACAGCAACAGCAGCCUCUAACACUUUCAGGAAUACCUUCGCAGCCUUCCCAGAAUGGUGGCGGGGCACCCACCAAAGCUGUGGCCUUGUUCAGCCAGAAGAGCCUGUCAUGUCCCGUCCGAUUGGAUGGCGCACUCAUCGGAGAUUCUGCGCCGGUUUUCUACGCUAAUGGCCGGGCAUUCCCCCAGACUCACACAGAGCUGACCAGCAACGGCUGGAGGAGCAACGGCCUCCACCGGGAUGGUCAGGGCCCCAAGGACCUGAACAAUCCAACCUGGCAGAGAAAUGGCUGGAAGGACAAGAACAGUUUUAAAUGUAAAGUGAUAAAGGUUGAUGACUCUCGCUCAGUGGAUGAGGCCUGCAGAAAAGCGCAGAAGAUCUUACAGGUCAACCUGUCUCCAGUGAUCCAGAUCCAACCUCUCAACCAUCUGCUGAGAGACUUCAGAUACCAGAAUAAAUGACAGUUCACACAUACACACAUACACAGACACACAGACACACACACCCUUUCCUUGAGCAGAUGUUAGUAUUUCGCUCUACCUGGCUACCAGUGUUCAUAGCAGACUUUUUACAUGGGUUUUUGUGUUCCCUGCUGUGUGUUGGAGGUGGAGUAGGUAGAGUCUGCCUCUGGAAGUUCUGGUUCCUGAUGGGGGCAGUAUGAAUUGAAAGGCAUUUGAAGUAAGGUGAUGCUUUUCCUAGCAGGCUGGGAAAUGACUGUCGGCUUGUGUAUAUUAGUUUACACCACAAAACAUGUCAACCAACCAUCAUUCUGCUUUGGGUUGACUGGCUGCUAGCUGGUGUUGCUGAUGAAUUUUGGAGCACAGCUUCCACUCUUAAGUUAAAAUUAAAUUUUCUUACUCAACAUGUCAAAGUUCCACCGUAUCGUAGCUCGCAGCUCCAGUCUGCUGUCUUUGGGAGAUGCUGGGGAGAGUAACUUAUUCAAACUCAGUCAAAAUUCAUUCAAGUGUAGCACCAUUGUGUUAGAAUUUAAGUAUUUCUUACUCGUAGCGCUUCAAAUCAGCGCUGUCUCUUCCGAUGCCCUGUUUUCCACUGGAAAGAAAAGGAAAAUGAAGAUAGUGGUGGGACAAGAUGGUUUCUUUGGAUGCCCACGUGAAAUGGCGAAUGAGCAGUGUGGGUUUUCAAAGUCUUCAGAAGAGCAGAUAUGGUGGUUGGUUGUUUCCAGCAAAACAAAUAAACUAAACAAACUGAGGAAAAAUAGGAAAAAAAAAAGUUUAGUUUGUCUUCCUUUUUUGUAUUUUUGUUGUUUCCACUGGAAAUCAGCAAGGCUUUGGGAGCGAGUACAGCAGGGAAAUCGAACCCGCGGCCCACACAGAAAGAGAUUGAUACCUGGCUGAUGUGUUUGAACUACAGUCCUUCACAAAGUGUUCCUUUUGGUUUAGUUUAUCCACACAUGGAGACGACAGACUGAUCAUAGAGUAUUUUUGACUGUUUGAAAUAUUUUAUGUCUUACAUUGAGUGAACCAGAAAACUGCUGACAUAGAAGACAAAUCUGGCCUCAUUUAAACAGUUUGACCUCUGAGAUUAAUCUCUAAAUUUUAAUUGUUACAAAGAUUUAAGAACUCUGAGAUCAAUCUUUAAGGUUUUAUCAAAAUUAAACUUUAUCUCAGAGUUCUGGUUUUUACAAAUUUUAUUUAAUAUUUGGGUUUGUUCUCAGAAUUACAGCUUUUUCUAAACAAAUUCUUCCAUUGAAGUGGCCCUCGUCCACCUCCAUUUGGUUUGGAAAUGUUUUACACCAGAUAUGAAACAUCAGGAUGUUCACUCAUAGUUGUGAAAUGACCACCAGCUGCUGCUCAAGAUUGACUUUUGCUCAGUCAAUUUCUUUCUCACAGGCAACCAGCUGUCAGUCGGAGUCUUGAUGUAAGACAUUUGUUUGGCUGAUUUUUAAAAAAUGUUUGUCGUGAAAUGUGUUAACUUGAGCUGCAAGCUUGUCUGUAUCCUGUCCCUGCUACAUUUGAAAACUGCAGCAUUAGAAAAGGUUUUAUCUCCCAUCAGAACUCAUUUGUGGUCUGCUCUGUUGAUUUAAUGGCGAGCAACACCCCAAAAAAUCCACUUACUUUUUAAUUCUUCAGCUGUGAUCAAACUUGUGGUUCAAACUUAAAACUAAAACAAAAUGCACUUUGAGAGUUUGACAGUGCUUCAUUGCUGCCUGAUCCUGAACAUGAAAGUCGUUAAUAUUUUUUCCUGUAGAAAAUAUUUUAAAUAAUCUCUAAAAUUUGGUUUGAAUCUCUGUGAACCCCACAUUGGUUUUUUGAUACAGGUGCUAACUUUGCAAUGUUGGUGCUGAAUUAAAUGACUGGCACAAGAAUGUGGUCACGUUUUUUUUUUGAGUAUUUAAAAGCAGUGACUUCCUGUGAGUUACUCUUUGGGGUCUGAAAGUGAUGCUGCCCCCUGCAGGUUGGGUUGAGCAUGCUAAAUCGCUUUGUGUGCUUUCCAAAGGGUUAUACUGUGGUGAAGGAACAACCUGAAUCCAUUUUCAUGUUUUCAUCUGUGAGAAACACCUGUGUAUUCCACUCCUCCUAAAAAGAAUAAAAUGACGUUUGUCAAGACAUUUAGACAAAACCACAUUCCAUGACAUAACUACGUAGUUAUUGAGAAAGAAAGUUUAUUCUUGAACUUAACUCAUAGACAACUUACUAGCUUUUUUAUUUAUUAUUGAAGAGUGUUUACUGCAUCAAAAAACAAUGAAGGCUCUGGAAAAAGCCAGUAAGCAGAUCUUGAUUUAAGAUUCAUUUUGGACUUUUUUGGAAAGUACAUUUCUACUCCUUUUAUUGAGCCCCCCCUCCCAAAAUAACCCAAAUAUCAGAGCCAUUGACUUAGAUACUGCCAGAUCUUAAGAUACAGGUUUAACAGAGCUAAAAUAUCACAAGGUCAGAAAGUGGAAAAAAACAUCUUUUAAAAUAAAAAAUAAAUAAAACUGGAUUUUUAAACAUCCAUUUCAUGCUGUGGAGUCUGUCAGUGUCAAGUUUGAAAUCAAUGCACCAUUUUCAAAGAACUUCUGUGUUUCCCGGUUCAAACGGAGACCACAUCAGUGUUUAGUCAGUCGGAGCUACAGAUUUCCACGUCUGUUGUAGUUAAUUUUACAUUUAGGAAGACUCUCUCAGUUACCGGUUUUCCUAUUUGUCCUCCUACGCGGUCAUGUUCACGCCCAACGACAAUUCCCUUUUCUAGAUCUUCUGUUAGUCUUGUUUGUGCAACACUUGUAUAAUAUUGUAUUUCCUACAUGAAAACUUUGAAAACUUUUUUUGUUCAAUAAAACUGAUUUAAAAAUUGGUAGUUGUAUAGUUUUUUCCCCCCCUUGGCUAUAACAAUUUCCAGAACAUGUUGAUUCAUUUCAGCAGUUAAAGUAUUUAUUAUCUCUGAUGUUAAGUUGCGUUGGGAUCAGAUUGUAUAAUUUUAGAUUCCUGACUUCACUGGACUCUGGCUGAGCAUUUGCAGUUGACCAUCAGCUGUGUUUUGAAGGAACAGUUCAGCAUUUUGGAUAAAUACACUUGUUCCAUUUCUUUCCCGAGAGAUGAGAAGAUUUUUGUUG